AUGGCUUCAAUAUUUUUUGGUAGUACGAAUACGGGCUCCCAAGUUGGAAUUAAUCAUGGGACAGUCAACAUCUUUCCCGGCCGACCGGAAAACCCACCACAGCGGACGAUGUGUGAAAGCGAGAAAGAGUUGUUUAAGGAUCGAGAGAAACGGUUUGGUUCCUACGAAGAAGACAGAUGGGCCUGGUCGGAAGAGGAACUUCAGAAGCUCCUGUCGCAAAUCUUAACCGAGGGGACAAAGGUCCGUCCUGUCAUCCUGUUUAUCGACGCGCUUGAUGAAUGUGGGCAAACUUCUGCCAGAGACCUACUGAAAUAUUUCAAAGAACUUAUGAAGGAAGUCAAGCGCGAAGGAGGACAAGUAAAAAUAUGCUUCUCUUCUAGACAUUAUCCAAUCCUUGGUCAUGGCCCGAUCCCGUCUAUCCUCGUGGAAAAGCACAACACAAACGACAUCCAACGGAUCAUCGGUGAUCUACUGAAAGAAAUUGAAAUCGAGGAAGAUCGCAAGUACUUUGAAAGCGAAAUUCUGUCCAAAGCUCGAGGGGGAUUUCAAUGGGUAGUCCUUGUUUGUAAAAGGGCCAUUGAAGAGAAUAUAAUCGGCACCAAAAGAGAAUACCUGCACCGCAGGUUCACCACUGUCCCGGAAGCUCUUAACGGGCUGUACUCUAUUAUUCUGCAUGAUGUGCAUGGAACCGAGAGACAACAGAUGGUUAAGUUGUUCCAAUGGAUUUUAUUUUCUGAGAGGCCCCUAUCCGCCCACGAACUUCGGGAUGCACUUUCUAUAGAGAUGGACAUGGAAUCCGGUACCCAACUUAGAAGCCACAGCAGCUGGUCUGAUACUUUGGAUAGGUUUGAAGUGCACGUGAGACAUAUAUCCAAAGGAUUGGUGGAAUUUCGAACUCGUGAAAUAUGGGAGCAGUAUGAACCUGGGGAGGAAGACUCAGAUCGGGAAGCACAGGUUAUACAUCAAUCAGUGGCUGAUUUUUUGCUUCACAAUUUCCUCGGUUGUGCAGUGCGUGACCAAUAUUCCUCGCAGUCAGUCAUUGGAGCUGGUCAUUUUCAUAUAUCAAGGUCUUGUCUCAGAUACAUCACACUAGAUGGAGUCCUGGAAGGCGCUCGUCGACUGUCACGGAACCAGCUCUUUCAAAAGUUCCAGUUGAUACCGUAUGCUAUACGGUUCCUGUUCCAACAUAUCAAGGAGGUGGAACUCCAAAAUAUCCCUCAGCCGGAUCUCCUUUCGCUCAUCUACUGGCACCAAAAGUCAAGGUUACAGGAAAUAGCAAGGUUUUGGAGAGUCUCUGACCCUGAUAGUGUCUAUACGCCUCGAGGGUGGCCAUUCGUUGAGGCAACGGCGUUGCAUGUCUUGAUCACAUUUGGUUCGAAAAGCGCUUUUGACGAUCUCUUGGAGAAGGAUGAUGUGGAAGUCGACGGUAGAGACAUUGAUGGGAACACACCCCUUCUUCUCGCCAUAAAGGAGCGUCAUUAUUAUAUGGCAGUGGAACUUCUCAAUCGUUUUAUAGAAUGGCAUCUACAACGAAAUAUGGCGGCUGGGAAUUUGAUCGGUUAUGGAACAAGCAUACAGCGGGAAGGUUGCUACGUCGUGAACGUAGAUGCUCAGAACAAUGACGACGAUACGCCGUUGAGCAUUGCUAUGGAAGAUGCUGCGCCAGACGUGAUUCUAAAGUUGAUUGAUGCAGGAGUAAAUCCUAAUACUCAAGAUAGGUCUGGUCAGACACCACUCUCCUGGGCUUCAGAGAGAGGCGAUCAAAGAAUUGUCAAGUUACUACUCGAACGAGGAGCGAAUCCUAACAUUCUGGAUAGCUCUGGUCGGACACCACUCUCCCGGGCUUCAGAGAGAGGACACGAGACAGUUGUCAAUUUACUACUUGAGCAAGGAUCGAAUCCUAGUAUUCUGGAUAGCUCUGGUCGGACACCACUCUCUCGGGCUUCAGAAAGAGGAUAUAAGACAGCUGUUAAGUUACUACUUGAGCAAGGAGUGAAUCCUGAUAUUCUGGAUGGCUCUGGUCGGACACCCCUCUCCCGGGCUUCAGAGAGAGGACACGAGAUAGUUAUCAAGUUACUACUUGAGCAAGGAGCGGAUCCUAAUAGUCUGGAUAGCUCUGGUCGGAGACCACUCUCCUGGGUUUUAGAUAGUGGAGAUGAGAAAGUUGCUAAGUUACUACUUAAGCGAGGAGCGGAUCCUAAUGCUUCAGAUAGGUCUGGUCAAACGCCACUCUUCUGGGCUUUAGAGAGAGGGUAUGAGAAAGUUGCUAAGCUACUACUGAAGCAUGGAGCGGAUCCCAAUAUCCCAGAUAGCUCUGGUCGGACAGCACUCUCCCGGGCUUCAGCGAGAGGAUAUGAGAGAGUUGCUAAGUUACUACUUGAACAUGGAGUGGAUCCUAAUACACCAGACAGCUCUGGUCGGACACCACUCUCGCGGGCUUUAGAGAGCGGCUAUCAGAGGGCUUACCACAACAGCCAUUGGACAUCAAGCUCCUAUGCUUUAGAGAGCGGCCAUCAGACAGUCGUUGAGUUACUACUUAACGAAGGAGCAAAUCCUAAACCUCUGGAUAGCUCUGGUCAGACACCACUCUCCUAUGCCUCAGAGAGAGGAGAUGAGAGAGUUGCUAAGUUACUACUUGAGCAUGGAGCGGACCCUAAUGCUCUAGAUAGCUCUAGUCGGACACCACUCACCCGGGCUGCCGAGGGAGGAUACGAGACAGUUGUCAAGUUACUACUUGAGCAUGGAGCGAAUCCUAAUCUCGAUGUGUUUGGUUGGACACCAUAUCGCUUUGCUUUAGCCGGAGGACAUGAGAGAGUUGCUAAGUUACUAUUAUAA